GCCAUAUCUUAGUUUUUUUCUCAGUCUCAUAGCGUCAGUCCGAAGCAUUCUUGAGACCAUUUGAAACGGAAUGAAACAUUUUUCGGACAGAAGAUGACUGAACAAGACGAAAUUAAUUUAAGUACAAAUAAACCCGAUUUGGCAUUCGCAACUCCGGAGAAACAGAAGGCCCGUGCGUUUUUGCGUGAACGUUUUCUGCGUGUCAUUACCGGCAUUAUCGGUAAACCAGCAGAAUUUUAUUUACAUGAAAAUACACGCGUGUCAGGUGAAUUUAAAGGUUGCGACUUAGAAUGUUCCAAAGUUUUCGUGAGAAACCUAGAGACACCACUGGGACCGAUACCAGAAGCCAUCCUCCGAAGCGAAGACAUUGUUUGUUUCGAUAUAGAUAAUAUUGAUAUUAAAAUUGAUGAAGAAUUUAUAAAUGAAGGACAGGAAUGUAUGGAAAGCAAGUAAGGUUUAUAGCGUCAAACAUAUUGUAAAAAAAAUUUAUUUUUUAAUGUGUUUUUUAAGAAUAAUAUGUAAACAUAAUUAUCUAUAUUUGGUAACCUACGAUCGACGCAUAUUUAACAUUGUAUUUAUUUCGGAAAUAAUGCGUCUUAAAUGGUCGAUUAUUUCCUUAAUGUGCCUAUUUUUUAAUAUUACUUGCUGAAAAAGAAACAAAGUCCAGAUUUUAUCGAGAUUUAAUACAAGAAUUAUGUGUUAAA